UCUUUGAUUUCAUCUAACACACACCAACAUGAAAUUAGUUAUUGGUCUUGCCGUUCUGUUGACCUUAGCUGACGAUAAGGUGCAUGGAAGUAUUAUAGGCAACUACGGUGGCAAUCACGAAGGCCAAGGAAGUGAACUUCACAAUAGCUUCAGUCAGGAACAGAGCCAGGAAGAACCAAAAGGUGAAUACAACGUUCAAGAACAGUCGCUCGAUUAUGGAGGAGGUGGUGGAGGUCAAGAACAGUUGACUGAUUAUGGUGGUCAGCAACAGCAAGGUUUUGGGGGUCAAGAACUGGAUAAUAACGAACCACAAAUAAACAACGAGGUUUCGGAAAGAAGUCAGGAAGGAGAAGAAGGUGGAACUUCAGGUCAAUGGCAAAGUGGUUUUCAAGCUAGUGUAGGCGUCGGAGAAGGGCAACAAGAUCACUCCGCUCUAUCCGCCCUAUCAGAGCACUUGCGAAAUCAUGAAGGAGGAGUAGUAGGUGGAGAACAUGGUUUCGGUGGUUCUGAAUUGAAUAGUCAUGACUCAGACGGUCAUGACUCUGGGAAUAUAGCAAAUCUUGCUAGUCAUGGAAUUAAUCUGAGUGGACAUGAUUUUGAAGGACAAAAUGAUCACCCCGAUCUCAAACCAAAAGUAGAAGUGCAGCAUCAUCACAUUCCCACCAGAACAAUAGAACAUACAAAACCGGUUCAUAUUCCAGUGGUAAAAAAAAUUGGAGUACCAGUUCCACAUCCAGUAGGAGUACCUACUGAACAAAUCAUAAAGGUACCAGUUCCCCAGCCUUAUGCAGUACAUAUUCCAGUUCCUCAUCCCAUAUCUGUUCCUAUUUACAAAUUGGUACCACAAGAAAUCGAGAAAAAAGUUCCCAUCGUUGUUGAAAAGUUAGUUCCAGUUUAUGUUGACAAACCUUUCAAAAUAGAAGUUGAAAAGCAUCAUGUUGAGUACAUCGACAAGCCAUACGCUGUUCAUGUGCCAGUUUACAAGCACAUUUACCAUCAUGUUUCUAAACAUGGAAGUGGUGGACAUAGUGGUGGUCACUGAGAAUGGUAGGAUACUUCAACUACGGUUUGACUGAUGAAACACUGAUUUUGUACAUUUAUAUUAGUUAGGUUACUUGUUUUGUUACUUUUUCUAUUUAUCAUGCCAUCGUCAUUUUUGUUUUACAUUGUUGAAUUUGUACUUAUAUUUUUUGAAUAAAAUGUGAUUUCAAC